AUGAGCCAUAAAUUCACACCUGAUACAAGGGGAACAGCAGUAGUCGAAUGGUUCCCCGAAAGAGUCCAAAACAAAACCUUCCUCCUAGCAGGCUUCAUCCACGGCGAACUCCCCGCCGCAACCGCCGAAGCCCUCUCCCACGGCGGCGCAGGCUGCAUAAUCUUCACCGGCCGCUCCCAAUCCGAAGUCCAACCCGCCAUAAACAACAUAAACCGCAAAUACCCACAGACAAAAAUCCUCUUCGUCACAGCCGACACAUCCAGUCUAUCGAACAUGCGCGAGGCAGCCCGGACAAUCAAAGGACUUGGUGUCCCCAUAGACGGCAUCGUUUGUUAUCCAACCAUUAUGGCGGCGGAUUGGCAGAAGACUGCUGAUGGGAUCGAGUCGCAUUUCCAGAAUAAUUAUCUGGCUUAUUUUGUGCUUGUUAAUGCUUUGUUGGAGGCUAUGUUAUCUGGUUCGAGGGUCGUGUUGAUGACGACUAGUAUACGGCGGGAGGCGCCGGCGCCGAGGUGGGAGGAUAUUAAUUUUGCGAAUGGGGAGAGAUAUCACUCUCUUGAUGGGUAUUCGCAGUCGAUGUUUGCGAAUAUUCUGUUCGCGAAAUCGCUGGCCCAGAUAUGUGCUGAAAAAUCUGUUGUUGCAUUCUCGGCUAAUCCUGGGAAUACUACGACCAACGUGCAAACGUACCUCUCGCCCGAGGACGUGGCAUCGUGGCUGCAGCGGAAGAAAGAAGCUGGCGAGGAUCUGCCCAUCCUGCUUCAACAAGCCCCCAAGUCCCUUUCGCAAGCAAGUGCCACCAUUAUCCGGGGCCUCCUCGACCCCAUGCUCGCAGUGGAGCAAAUCAGUAACGUAAGCUUGAUGCUAUCAGAACAAUCCGGCGCUUUCCUGGAUAACUGCGAAGUCCUCACCCUGCCGUACCUAGAUUUCCCCGUGGGCGAAGAAAGCGCUACAGCACUAUGGAAGCAAAGUGAAGUCUACGUCGAAGCAGCCGGAUUAACACAAGUUGUCUAG